GACUUCCGGUGACAAGAUCAACACAGCCAUACAAGCAAACACGGCUGACAUCGCCAGUGAGGCGCUAGGGGAAAAUUUUGGAAAAAAAAACUUAGCAAAAAAAAAAUAUUGAACAAACAAAAUAAAAUCCCACGUGUCCACACACCCAUAUCCAGGGCGACUUAUCCGUGGAUGGUGGAUAAAAUAUGUAACCAGAUAUAACAUAAAAUUCAGGGGAGAGUUAAAGAAGAAAAGGAUGGCUACGCUUUAAACAAAAUUAAAGAGCAACGCUAAAUGAAACAAAUGUAUGCACCGAUCUUAUAGAGACAAGACUUAAGAGGCAGUCGUAUUCAUUUAGAUACCAUGUGGCAGAAAAACCUAUUUUGGGCGUGUCUCUUGCUGACCUGCGGACUCCAGGUGCUGACCGCAAACAACAUCACCACUGUCAUCACCAACAGCACAACAGCGGGACUCCCAACAAACAGCACAUCGGCACUGCUGUCGAACGCGUCGCUCUCCUCCAACACAACAACCGUCGCCCCGCCAUCCCUGAACACCACCACCAACAACAACACCAGCCGUACCGCGGCGGUACCGAAACCCUCGGCCGGCACCAACAAGACUGGCGCCGCUCCCUUAACCAGCAAGCUGGGAGACAACUGGAACGAAACCAAGCUCUCCGUGCGAGUGGAGACCAAGGACUUGGACUCGCUCGCCGUGAUCUGGUCCCUAGGUUCCAACGAUUCCCGCAUCACCGGCUUCAUCGUGUCGUACCUGACCCAGAACAAAGAACACUACGACUCGGAUGUGCUGGACAGCACGGUGCGGGAGUUCGAGAUCCAGUCCAUCCGCAAAGAUGAGAACUACGUCAUCUGCGUUCACGUCAUGGUCAACACAACCGACGUGAAGAAGGAAUGCUCCGAGUGGAACCAGUCUUCUAUGAAGAUCGUCGUAGGAAUCCUAGCCGGGGUGGUGUUUCUGCUGCCUUGUGUCGGGGUGUUGGUGUGGAUCUUACGGAAAGAUAGGUUGAUGACGCGCUUCAUGGCGCUGGAGUACGCCGAGCUGGACGAGGUGCUGGAAGUCAAGCCCAGGAGCGAGUCUCAGAGCAAGGAGAGCUGCGGCGCAUGCGCGGACCACGCCGUGCCGUGUUGUAAAACGGCAACUAAACACGGGUUCGACAACCACUGGGAGAGUUUGGACACGAUCGUCGAGACGAAGCAAGAUUGCGUGGAGCAUUCCAAGUCAACGAACAUGGCUCUGUCGCCAAAGUUCCACAUGAUACCUCACCUCACCAACGCGGCGCUGCUGUCACCGAAUUUCACCAUCCCGCCUCAGGUCACCAGUCCAGCGUCACCCAAGCCUACAACGCCGCAGUUGGUCAGCGCCGAGCAUCACUGCGUGGGGCAACACAUCGUCACUCUGGACGUCGCGGGCCUCGCCAAGUCCAGCAGCUUCUGCCAGUCUCCGUCCUUGAACCAUGACGUCAGCCUCGCCGGAAAAACAUUCGCGUCCAUUCAGGACAUCCACACGCCCUCUAGCGGCGCAGUCGUGCCGCCGCAGUCGCCACGGGUCGUACCAGAGGCAGACGUCAGUCUAGCGGAUGACGCGGCUUUUGAAAACGUUCGCUUGUAGCUGGUACUUACCAGUACCGCCGGAUGUGUAGGUGCAGAUUACUGACACCGUGUACUUUUAAAACGUAUCCUAUAGUUUUUAAUACCACAUAAUGCUCAAUUUACGCCAUCUUGAAAUGUUAUGAACAAAUAAAAACGGAAGUGAUUUGUUGAAGUCACAAAUGAACAAAUAAAAAGCUUUAAUUUCA